ACUGUGUAAAACGUCACAUUUUGCUGUGUUAAACGUCAACACUUUAGGUUUUCUUUUGAAUGGCGCGCUUAACACAAAUCUUAAACAAACUUUUUCCAAGUUAUUAACCCCUCAUAUAUAUAUUUAUAUGUAUAUAUGGUUGUAUGUAUGUAUAAUUUCAUUCAUUAUUUAAAGGGAAAAGAAUCAUAAUAUGUAAAACAAGAUGUUUAAAAUUAAUGACGACGAUGACGACAACGACGAAUUUUGGAAGGAAUUCCCUUUGGAAUCAUUUGAAGUUGAACCUGUAUCUAAAGCUGAAAAACGUAGACGGUCACCAAUCCCUGUUGAUUGUGAACAAAAUAAGAAACUUCGUACUUUUACUGGAGACAGUGAACCCAUGCCAGAUGUUACCAUACCUACCUCACCAGAACCUUCUACAUAUGUGUCGGGCUCAAACAAAUAUCCAACAAAAGGGGCUACAUUAGCUAACUCCUUGUCACAAUCGCUCCAGCAAGCAAAUUACUCAACUCUGGGGAAUUGUUCAAAGGAAAAAAACCCAAAAUGUUCAACUGCAAAACUGCAGACAGACGUGACUGCUGAAGUAAAUUGCAAACGGACAAAGCGUAUUUUUCCAGGCCCUGCAGGAAUUCUUCCAAAGCUUGCAUCAAGCGAUCAACUUGAAGAUGUUGUCUUGAAAUUGGAUACGGCUGCUGUUAAUGAAAAAGAAAAGCAGCCUGUGACCGUAAUGACCCCCAGCCAAACCCACGAAGCCUUUAAUGAAAGUCCUUGGAAAAAACUGAUGUCAGAUCUUGGAGACGAAGCUUCUGACAUUCUAAAGAAGUUCUCCAUAAAAGAAAUUCAUCGCAAGGCAAGUAAAAAGUUGCUGUGUCAGGGGAAAGUGUUGUUGCUCUUCUCCAUUCUGGAUGCAAUUGACUUUACCAAUCUUGAUGCCAGUGUUCAUCUUCGAGAUAAGACAGGUACCAUACAAGGAACUGUUCACAGAAACUUGGUUAAAGAAUACAGAGAUUAUCUUCAACCUGGGACUGUGUUGGUGCUAAAAAAUGUUGGUGUGAUUAGUCCAACACCAAGAACACACUACUUGAACAUUACUACCAACAAUCUUGUAUCAAUAUGCAGUGUCUUAACUUCUGGGGAAGUUAACAUUCAUUGGCAGGAGAAUAGCACAAGCUAUGCUAAACUUGUUGCUAAUGCCCAGCUUGUACAGAACAUGAAGACUUCUCAAACAAGUGGUUCUCCUCUACCAAAAGGAUCUGUGAUAAACAGCCCCAAACUUCCAUCCUCUCUAAACCCUCUCAAUGGGAGUCCAUCACAUUUGCCUUUCCCUUCACAUUCCCGUGUCUCGACCCCGAAUGCUUUAGUUACCAGUACACCAAUAAACCUCCAAAGUACAAUCUGUGAUACAUCAUCAACACCAUAUCGUGUUGCUAACUUUCAAAGAAAUGCAAGUUCAACACAAAAUGCUGAGAAAGUUAGACCAAACUUGGCAGCAGCGGCAGCAACACCUGUGACUGCUGCUUCGUCUCAAAGUAGUAGUGCUGACAAGAAGGAGCUGCUCUCACAGUCUUCAAACUCACGUUGGCGUUUCAAAUCUACAAAGACACUCCCGAAAGUGCUGCCGGAACCGGUUCUUAAAAACCCUUCUGGAAAUACUAGAAAUAAUCCUUUGUUGGAUUCUGCAUUGAGUCAGCUCCGGAACUCUUCUUUCGGGAAACUUCCCGGUCCCAUGUCAUGUGACAAAAACUCAGACUAUCUUAGUGAUGAUAUUCUGUCACAAAUAUCAGAAGACAUAUUCUGA